GUCAGCGUUACCACCCGCUUCCCCCGGACAUAAUCGCUGGGAUGAACUCCGCUGUGGCAGGUCAGCGUUACCACCCGCUUCCCCCGGACAUAAUCGCUGGGAUGAGGUCGGCGAAGACGGAUUCUGCAACCUGUACGCGGUGCCGGCUACGAACCUGCUCCAAACGGAGUAGAGCCGAUGCAGAGACGCAAUUCCUGGAUCUUGGUCUAUGGCCUACAUAGAAUAUCUACAUAGUGCAUACAAUUGAAAUGUCUAUACAUAAUCUGCCUUUCGCAAGCUCCACGUGUUUUUGUUCAACCUCAGUCUGUAGAACUCAACUGGGUGCCGCAUGUGGUUGGCCAGAUCGAUAGCCGUAACAUUUGUGCUCCUUCAGUAAUGCGAGCAAUUACAUGUCGUUGUGACUAUAUGCGCCCGCGUCCGCUUCGUUGGUUUCAUACUUUUCGUUCGUUCGACAGGAGAUGGCUUCUGGGGGUUGGGUGACAUCGUUUCGGACGGCCAUUGAGAGCCAGCUUUGGUUUCAACAAUGGCAAGCAGUAGUCAGCAUUGAGCCCAAUCAAUGGCGGAUCGGAUCUGGAAACCGGUAUUUCAGAUUCUGCUUUUGU